GAUCACACAUGUUGCUUUAAACAUGUUCGAUUUUUUUAACAGACAGAGGAUGAAUGUUGUUAUUGUCAAUUAAUCUUAUCUAUCGAUUAUUUCAAGGCUGAUUUUUUAAAAUAAUAAUUUACUCGAUCGAUCAUUGGAUGUACUCAUAAUGUGUGAUGUUUUAAUGUUUUAUUAUUGAACACAUUGAAAAAGAAAUGGGAAUUUUUAUAAAAUUAUUGCCGGUGGCUAUCGUUAUACCAUUAUUUAUUCUAUUCUUUCGGGCUGAAAUUUAUUUUCCACAUCCAAAAGAAUCGCAAACAUGUAAUGAAACACAUGAACCAAUACAAGGUGAUGGUAUUAUCGAUCGUUUUGUUCAAGCUAUUCGUAUUAAAACAAUUACCAAAGAUAGACAAGUUUAUGAUACAUCAGAAUUGUUAAGAUUUGCUGAAUUUUUAAGAAAAAAUUUUCCCGUAAUUUAUUCAUCGCCAUUGGUAACUUUUGAGACUGUAAACAAUUAUAGUCUUUUAUAUCACGUGAAAGGAAGUGAUCCAUCAUUGAAACCAUAUCUACUUUGUUCACAUAUCGAUGUUGUACCGGUCGAAUUGGAUAAAUGGGAUGUUGAUCCAUUUGGUGGUAUCAUUAAAGAUGGUAAUAUUUAUGGUCGUGGUACUAUCGAUGUGAAGGAUACUCUUAUGGCCAUCAUGGAAUCGUUGCAAUAUUUAUUGAAAAAUAAUUUCCAACCACGGCGAUCAUUUUACAUUGCUUUUGGACAUGAUGAAGAAGGCAUGGGAAAUGAUGGUGCACAGGAAAUUGCCAAAACAUUCGUACGUAAAGGCAUCAAAGAAUUUGAAUUUCUACUCGAUGAAGGAAUGUUUGUUUUUUCCGAUGGUUUUCCCGGUGUAUCACGACCAGUCGCAUUGGUGGGUGUUGCUGAAAAAGGUUUCCUUUCGGUUAUACUUCGUUCGAAUGGUACGGUUGGCCAUUCUUCGAUGCCAACAUAUGAAACUGCAAUUACUACAUUGGCCAAAGCUAUAUCCAAAUUCACUUCAGAUGCUCAUAGCAAUUUUUUCGGUCAUGGUCCAGAAAGACGAAUGUUUGAAGAAUUUGCUCAAUAUGCUUCUUAUCCGUAUAAAUUGUUUUACAGUAAUCUAUGGAUGUUUGGUCCAAUCCUUGCCAAAAUAAUGUCCGGUAAACCGAGUAAUAAUGCAUUGGUCCGAACGACUAGUGCACCAACAAUUAUUAACGGUGGUUUCAAGGAAAAUGUUUUGCCUAGUGAAGCAACAGCUAUAAUAAAUCAUCGUAUACAUCCAAUACAAAGUGUAUCAGAUGUUUUGGAAUAUGAUCGAAAAUUAAUAAACGAUGAUCGAAUUGAAAUUAAAAUCAAAGGUGAUUAUAUUGAAGCACAUCCUAUAUCACCAUAUAGUCGUGAUUCAUUCGGUUACGAAACAAUAAGUAAAUCUAUUCAACAAGUAUUUGCCAAUACUAUUGUUAUACCGUCAAUUAUGGUGGCAUCCACUGAUACAAGAUGGUAUUUACCAUUCACUAAAUCUGUAUAUCGUUUUUCACCGGCAUUUUUAACACAAGAAACAACCAAAUUAUUUCAUGGCCAUAAUGAACGAAUAUCGAUUGAUAAUUAUCUGAAAGUAGUGAAUUUCUAUCAUCAUAUUAUGAUUAAUUCAGAUCGUGAACGAUUAGAUCCGAUAAAAGUUAAAGAUGAAUUCUAAUUAUUAGAAAUUUUUUUUGUUUUUUUUUUGAUAUUUUUUUCAAAUUAAAAAUAAAAAAUAAAAUAGUUGAGCAUCGAAA